UCGUCAGUGUAACGGUCCCUCAUUUCGAACAAUCAUGUAUGUGACGUCUAUGCAAAUCCGCUGGUUGACGUCAUUCAGAAGGGACGCCAGGGUGGGUGGCGUCAUUGGGAAGCGCCGGAGUGUACUGGCGAGGAGUGUUUGGUGAAAAUUGGGAAAGCGGUGAAUAUGAAUGAAUGGAUUUCACAAAAACCUUUGGAAUGGGAAAAAUAUCUGAACAAAGAAGUGAAAGUCACUGCAGAUGAAAAAAAUACAUACCAAGGGUGGGUCUUUACUGUUGACCCUGUAUCUGGAAGCAUUGUUCUGGUCAACUUUGUGGAUGCAGGGAAGGUUUCCGUUGUGACUAUUAUGGGGCAUGCAGUUCAGACAGUGGAACUGAUAAGUGAAGGAGAAAACAUCACAAAGGAGAAACUGUCUGCCUUAUUUAUGCCUGUAGCUGCCAAGGUCUACAGCAAUGAGGAGCUUGAACAAAGGAAGUCUAGCCUUAAAUUGUGGCUCGAAAAAAAUCGGAUUCCUGUUACAGAGCAGGGAGAUCAAAACAAAUUGCUAUGUGUGGCUGGGGUAUUGACAGUAUCUCCACCAUACAAUCCAGAAGACUGCAAUAGCUCCAAUGAAAUUAUUCUAUCCAGAGUUCAAAGCCUCAUCAAGUGUAACCCAAAUGCCGAUCACAAAACUGAUUGAAAGGGAAGUUGAUAAAUAUGUUUCUUCUUGUAAAUACGGCAUCUGUUUUUCAACACCGUUGUUAAACAUUAGAUGUACUUCUAUUAUAGGUCCCUAGCGUGACAACGAUUUGGUGGUGUCUUUUUUGAUGGUCUGUAGAAUAAAAUUUGUUAAUCUUAUCCAAAUUGAUGUACCAUUUCUGAGAACACUAGAACUGAAACUGUCACAAAUGUUGAGAUUGUCUGCUAACCCUGCUGUGAUCUUUCAGGUACAUUUAUCUUGUGAAAUAAGAUACUGUUGUAAGUAUGCAUUUUCCAUUCUAGUGUCUAACUGAUCCAAUUUAUUAGUAAAAGGAUGUGAUCAA